ACCACACUAUGGAAUGCAUGUGCUCUCUUCCUCUUUCUCUCUCUCAGUCAUUUCUGAACCACACAUACUCGCACACCCUUAUUUUUUUUAACACACACACAAGUUGAUCAAGUCUUCUUCCGUUUCUUUUUUUUUUUUUGUGAGCGUCUUGCCCAAUAUGGACUGUCAAAACUUACUGGGAGAAAGUUAAAGCCACAGAAUUGCUGAACAACACAUGGUAGAGCAUAUCGUGCUCCCAACGCAGGGGUAUUUCUGACAGUGCUUUGGAAUUUAAACCUGAGGGAGAGUUUAUGAACUGUGGGGGAGAAAAAGUGAAUCUUUGGGCUCAGAGGAAGAGUUAUCAGGAGGUGGGGGAGGUGAAGGAAGCGACCCCACACACUUUCACAUGCUGAAGACAGAGAUUGCUCGAGUUUGUUGCAGGAGUCCUUAUCUGGACUCCUCCUGAUGGAUCCUAGGAGAACCUCAAUCCCAAGGAUUCUCACAGACUACAGAAGCUAAAAACACACACAAACACACACAGUGAACAGUGAGGGCCUGGUUUUAAUAUGGAGGCACUGAGGGAAUCUCUUCUCCGUUUAACCUUCCAGAUGUCAUCCUACAAGCGAGCUACCUCAGACGAAGAGGAGCUGAUAGACACCACCCCUGAUAGAGUGUAUCAGUCUCCAACCGUGCAGGUGCUGGAGCAUGAACUGGGGUCCAGGUGUUGGACUGAGCGAAGCCAUGUGGAGAAGAAGCUCCUUGUUGUGGUGUGUGGUCUCUCGCUGGCAUUAUUCAUAUGCAUCCUGACAUUGGGUCUGCAUUAUAACGAGACACACCCAGGGCUGUGUCUGACCGAACCGUGUGUGAGUGUGGCGACAGCUGUAAUGGGAGCUCUGGACCGCUCAGUGGACCCAUGUAAUGACUUUUACAGCUAUGCGUGUGGUGGCUGGAGGAAGAAAAAUCCACUACCUGAAGGCAGAUCACGAUGGGAUACCUUCAGCAAUCUCUGGGAGCACAACAUGGCUGUAAUGAAGAAUAUACUAGAGAGCACAGGUCAGCAGGGCCUGAGUAAGGCUCAACAGAAGGCCCUGAAAUACUACAAAGCCUGCAUGAAUGAAGCCAAGAUCGAGGAGCUGGGAGCGCGCCCCUUACAGGAGCUCAUCAACCAGACAGGAGGCUGGGCCUUGACUGGCCCUUGGGACAAGAACAACUUCCAGGAGGUUUUGCGCACUGUGUCAGCCAACUACCGCACCUCCCCUUUCUUCACUGUGUUUGUCAGUACAGACUCCAAGAACUCCAGCAGCAACAUCAUCCAGGUUGAUCAGUCUGGACUGGGCCUGCCAUCCCGGGAAUACUAUCUCAACAAAACCGCCAAUGAGAAGUAUCUCAACGCAUAUCUGAACUUCCUGGUAGAGCUAGGAGUCCUGCUGGGCGGCUCAGAGGAGAGAUCUCGCACUUUGAUGCAGGAGAUUGUAGAGUUUGAAACCACUCUGGCCAACAUUACGGUUCCUCAGGAGGAAAGGAGGGAUGAGGAGCUCAUCUACCAUAAGAUUCAGGCUAAAGAUUUAGCAACACUGGCUCCUGCAGUUGACUGGAUGCCUUUUCUCAAAGCAGUGUUUGCUCCAGUUGCUCUUAAUGACUCGGAGCCUGUGGUGCUCUAUGCUACAAAGUACCUCCAGAAAGUUUCACAGCUCAUUAGCAACACCAACAAGAGCAUACUGAAUAACUACAUGAUCAUGAAAGUGGUGAGGAAGAUGGUGUCCAUAUUGGACCAGAAAUUCCAGGAUGCUGAGCAGCGUUUUCUUGAAGUCAUGUAUGGUGCCAAGAAGAGCUGCACUCCUCGCUGGAAACUGUGUGUCAGCGACACAGACAGCGCGCUAGGCUUCGCCCUGGGGGCUCUAUUUGUCAAAGCCACCUUUGCUGAAGACAGCAAGGCCUUUGUGAGUAUACCCUAUCGUGCAUUCUCUAAUACAGCAGUGAGGCUGAACACACUAACUUCUCCCUUGUGUGUAUAUCAGGCUGAAAAUAUGGUCUCAGAAAUCAGAUGGGCCUUUGAGGACAGCUUGAGACAUGUGAGCUGGAUGGAUGCCGAAACCAAAAAGGCAGCCAAAGAGAAGGCAGAUGCAAUAUACAAUAUGAUAGGCUACCCAAAGUUCAUCAUGGAUCCCAAGGAGCUAGAUAAAGUAUUCAAUGAAUUUGAAGUCGUGCCAGACUUAUACUUCCAGAAUGUCAUGCAAUUCUACAACUUCUCUGGCCGAAUCACGGCUGACCAGCUGAGAAAAGCCCCAAACAGAGAUCAAUGGAGUAUGACCCCACCUACAGUGAAUGCCUAUUACAACCCCACCAAGAAUGAGAUGGUACUUCCUGCUGGUAUCCUUCAAGCCCCCUUCUAUAGUCAUGCCUGGCCAAAAGCCCUGAAUUUUGGUGGCAUUGGCGUCGUUAUGGGUCAUGAGCUGACUCAUGCAUUUGAUGAUCAAGGAAGGGAAUAUGAUAAGGAUGGUAACUUACGCUCCUGGUGGCAGAACGCGUCAGUGAAGGCAUUUAAGCAGCAGACCCAGUGCUUGGUGGAGCAAUACAGCAACUACAGCAUCAACAACGAACCCCUCAAUGGCAAACACACUCUUGGCGAGAACAUCGCUGACAAUGGCGGCCUCAAUGCAGCUUACAAGGCCUAUGUGAACUGGAUCCAGAAGAAUGGGGAGGAGGCUACACUGCCCGCUCUGGGAAUGACAAAUCAUCAGCUGUUCUUUGUUAGUUUUGCCCAGGUGUGGUGCUCAGUGCGGACCCCUGAAAGCUCUCACGAGGGCGUGAUCACCGACCCCCACAGCCCCUCACGCUUCAGAGUCAUUGGCACCAUAUCCAACUCCCAUGAGUUCUCCAAACACUUUGGCUGUAAGGUGGAUUCGCCAAUGAACCCUAAGCGCAAGUGUGAACUCUGGUGACCCCAUUAGCCCAGUUUGAUGCAUCCCAGGAACCUGUGCUUUGCUCUCUCACAAAGCGCAGAGGACUUGUUUUUAAAUAUGUUUUAAUAUAGCACUCUACUUUAUUCUCACUGGGACUCGAGAAAAUCUCUUACACUGGAAAAACUACUGGAUGUUUAACAUGGGAGAAAGAACUUGUGAUGUAAAUACAUGUGCCUUUAUUUUUUUAUGUGCUAUUAUUUUUUUAAGGGGAAAAUAUUUCUGUUCUUCUUGCGUUACAAUGUUAUAUAUUUUAUAGAUUGUUCACUGAAUCAUGUCAUGUAUCAUACAACGUUAUUGAAUGUAGUUUAUGACGAUGAACAGGGAUGUCAAACACAUUUUAGAUAACAGGCCACAUUACACUUAGUUUGUUGUCAAGUGGGCUUGACCGAAAAAAUCAAAACAGUAGAACAGAUUGCAGGUCAUCAUUCAAAUUAUUCAAAUUAUUCAAAUUAUUGUUUUUACCAGUGUAUUGUAUAAGUAUUCUCUGACAUUUUGGCAGUAGAUGAGUUUGUUGCUCGAUUUUGCCUCCUAGUGGAAAAACAGCGACUAGCUGUUAUGAUCUACUAGACAAUUUUAAUUUAAAGCAGAUAUUUUUAAAUUCAUUUGUUGGGCCAGAUUAGAACCUUUAUUCGGAUGAACCCACCCCACGGGCCAUAUGUUUGACACCCCUGAGUUAGUGUUUUCCUUGAUCAAACUUGCACACACUUGAUAAUUCCCUGACUCAAGUUUUGAGAAUAUGGCAUGCCAUUUAUUUUUUUUAAAAAAUGACACAUUUGAGGGAAACAACACAAACUGUAGUGACUUCAUAUGAAUGAACAACAGUAAUAACAAUACAUGUAGUAGGGGAAGAUGGAAGAGGUCUCCCACUUUAAAUAGAUUUACAUUUAGAGAUGAUGAUGACGUCUAAACCAACAUAUGUUACUAAGAGGAAAUAAACUAGAACCGUAUAAUCAAGUGCUUCAACCAAUUUAUAUUCCAAUAUGCCAAUUGGUAAUUUGUAAGAAUGUGCAUGCAUUAACUUGAAUAAAAGGUUACAGUUAAUGUUAGAUGGAAUAGCAGGAUUAGUGGUUGUAGCUUUUCUUUGACUGGAUUCUAAUGAAAUCUAAUUAUAUUGCCCUUGCUCUUUAGAUUUUUAUGUGAACUUGGGUUGGAGUGGUUCCAUUUCAUGGUCUUAAAGGUUUGACCAUCUUAAAAAAAAUUGUUUCCCAAAACCAAAUGAAUUACCUUCUGGACAAAUCCCUGAUCAUCAUAAACAAAAACAUUUAAUGUAGAAUUAAUAAUCAGUGUAGUGUUACAUCUUACCCCAGAGCGCCACUUGCCUAAUUAAAGCAUGUCUACAUGUGCAUAAUGUUAUAGUAAAUCUCGGCUCAGUGGCUUGAUCCACACAUAUUGAUCCACAUAUAUUUACAGUUUCACGAUGACUACAGUACAAACCAUGGUAUUUUUCCGUUGCUAGGAUUGUUGGUCUCCAUUUACGUUAUCCAUUUUCUUAAAUUUUGGUUCUCCGUUUUGCUUUUAUAUGCCAUGAUAUUAUAUGACAUAAUGUAUGUGCAAUACUUGAAACCUGGGAUUUUUUUGUGGGUUAUGUAUGGCCUGCUGUAGGAAGUGGUGUUUGAUUGGGCUUGGUGAAUGAAUGAAUGCAGAGCUUAGUUUGACAUGAUGGGAAAUAUUUGCUGCUCUUCAAAUGUGACAACUGAGACUGCAGACAUUAUUGGUUCAUUAAUAUGACCAGUGUUGAUAUGAUACAGAUGUAAAAUGUGAAUACAAAUUAUAAUGGAUUUUCUCACCUUAAUGCAAAAAAUUGAUGCAAUAAAAUUUUAUUCAAAUGCU